AUUUAUCUUUGAUGAAUUUUAACUUCAGAAUCGGUCCAACCGCACAGCAAACACCAGAAUUUGGUAUAUAUAUAGUUUUCGACAAACACACGCAUUUCAAGUUUGAGCUCUAGCUAUUUCAUUGUGUAGGUUUAUUCACAGAGAAAAAGAGAAUUGAGAGAGAUGCAUCUUUGGCCAACAAAAAAUCUCAGAGAUUCCUUCAAGCUAUCUUACCUUAAAAACCUCGAAUGGAACUACCAAAGAAUGGAAAAAGACAAACAACGUCAAUCAUCAACCAAACAGAAACUGUUGGAAGACGACGACAACAACAACGUUGUUGACACUCCCCAAACUAGAGUGGAAGUGGUAGCUUCCAUAGGUCAUGAGCUUCUAUUGAUUUUUUCUUGCUGUUACUGUUGUUUCUGCUGCGGUGCUUGUGUCGAAGAGAAAUAAGGAACAAAUGGCUGGCUUGACUUCUACUAUGUCUUCAAGGUCAUGGUUACAAAACUUGUGUUACAAGGAUCAAACUUUGUGCAUAUAAUUAUUCUACUCUGUGAUUUGUAAUGCUCGUGUCAAACAGAGUUACUAUCAUACAAGAGCCAAAAACUGUACAGCUGGUUAAUGGAUUUCAUUAUUCCUAGAUUUUAAUGCUAGACAAUAAAUGUCAUUGGCUUGUUUUA